UGUGUGUGUGUGUGUGUGUGUGUGUGUGUGUGUAAUGAAGGGGUGCAUGUGUCCCAGGCCACAGCUAGACACCCUGAGCCUCUGAUAUUUCCACACUCUCAGGCCCUACCACAAAUUAACACGGGCUGUAGGCAAGCCACCCUCCCUUUCUGGGUUUCAAUUUCCUUACCAGUAAAAACAGGGGCCUCCCAGGGGUGCACUGGUGGGACUCAGGGACUCCGUGGAUACUUUGAAAUUGUGCGUGUGCACAGUUUUCUGAGGACAGUUCCAUAACUUUUAUUAGAUUUUGAAGGGGGGCCAUGACCCCACAAAAUGUUGAAGAGUCACGGGGCCAAAUGAUAGAUAUGGUCUUCCAGCCCUAAAAUUCUGACUUUAUGAUUCUCUCCGCUGUUUCCUUUCCUGCCUCCUCCCCAACCAAGCACUCUGGAAGUCCAGGGAGGUUGGACUGUGUAAAAACAGAAAUGACAUGUCCCCUUUCCUCUGUGGUCUGACUUCUUACUGGGAGCAAUUAUGUGUGGCUGCCUGGAGCCACCCUGGUCUCCUGAGAGAGUCUCCAAUGGUCCCUGUGGUCCAGAACCAGGAAGCCCAGGCAGGGGGGAAUGACAGCAAGCCUCAGGAAGGAGUGCCUGGGGUGAGAAGUGGGGGAGUAGGGGGAGGCAGGAGACAGAGGGGCCCUGGGAGCAAGGCAACCGGAUGGGAUCAUCCCAGCAUCCGUCUGGUUGGAAGGGAGCAGCAGCAGAUGCCUCAGGGGUAUCCUGGUUACAUCCUGGUUCCCAGCUGUGAGGAUACCAGGCUGGAAUGCGGCCUGGGCCUCAGAUUCUGUAACCCUCCAUCCCCUAAACCUGAUGUCCCUCCGAGCACCCCACAUAGUCACCCCACCUGGGGAGAGGAGGCUGUGGGGAACCAGAGCCUUACUAGGCAUUUCUUCUGGACCCACCAUUGCUCCCAAGGCCAAGAGAGGAUGCUGCGAGUUCCUCAUGGAGCUCUCCAAUGAGGUCCUCGGAAGGGGCACAGACACUCUGUCCACCUAUCUCACACACGCACACCCGGACACGCUCCCCCUCACGUCUCACAUGUUCACAUUCCCAUUGCAGGCGCUGGCACCCAACCCCAGCACAUUCUGUUCCCAGGGCCAUGGGCAGGCAGGACACUGACUUGCUGAAACAGGCCAUCCAGGAGGUAGAAAAGCCUUUCCCAGCUGAUUCCCAGGAGCUGUGUCCCGAGCCCCAGGAGGAGCUACCCAGGGUUGUCAUGAGAGAGACCUUGGAGGCCCUCAGCAACCUGGGAUUCUCUGUGGGACAGCCGGAGAUGGCCCCCCAAAGUGAGCCUGGGGAAGGGUCCCAUAAUGCACAGGAACAGAUGUGCCCUCCCACGGAAGAGAGAGCACUGGGCAUGUGUUCAGGGCACGAGGCCCCCAGGCCUGAGGAAGGCACCCACACUGAACAGGCUGAGGCUCCCUGCAGAGGAGGCCAGGCGCGCACCCCACGGAAGGCUGAGCCAGUAGGCUUCUGCCCAGGGCACGAGUGGAUGAUUCGGAAGGUGAAGGUGGAGAAGGAAGAACAGGAGGCAGAAGGGGAGGUCGAAUGGCCCCAGCACCUGCCAUUACUCCCUGUAUCCUUUCCCGCGCCUGACCUGGGGCCUCUGGCCGCCACGUAUAAACUGGAGCCGGGAGUCCCAGGGACACUGGGUGCGUUCGCGCUGGCCGGCUGGGUCCCGGCCUUAGAGAAGCCCUAUGGCUGCGGGGAGUGCGAGAGGCGAUUCCGGGACCAGCUGACCUUGCGGCUGCACCAGAGGCUGCACCGUGGCGAGGGCCCCUGCGCCUGUCCAGACUGCGGUCGCAGCUUCACGCAGCGCGCGCACAUGCUGCUGCACCAGCGCAGCCACCGCGGUGAGCGACCGUUCCCUUGCUCUGAGUGCGACAAGCGCUUCAGCAAGAAGGCCCACCUGACCCGCCACCUGCGCACGCACACUGGCGAGCGGCCCUAUCCGUGUGCUGAGUGCGGCAAGCGCUUCAGCCAGAAGAUUCACCUGGGGUCGCACCAGAAGACGCACACCGGCGAGCGGCCCUUCCCCUGCACCGAGUGCGAGAAGCGCUUUCGCAAAAAGACGCACCUGAUCCGCCACCAGCGCAUCCACACGGGCGAGAGGCCCUACCAGUGUGCGCAGUGCACACGCAGCUUCACGCACAAGCAGCACUUGGUGCGGCACCAAAGGGUCCACGAGUUGGCCGCCCGCGCCCCGCCCUCUCCUGACGCACCCGCUUCUCCCGGUUCCCCUGCCUCGUCUCUGACCCCGUCCCCUCCCGGGCCUAAGCCUUCCACCUGCUCCGACUGCGGCCUGAGCUUUGGCUGGAAGAAGAACCUGGCCACGCACCAGCGUCUGCACCGCAGCGAGGGGCGUCCCUUUGGGUGCGACGAGUGCGCCCUGGGUGCCACGGUGGACCCUGCCGCUGCCGAGCCCUUGGCCUGCGCGCACCGAAGCACACCGGCGCCCCAGGGCACUCCCGCGAGCGAGAGGUCCUUCUUCUGCCCGGACUGCGGGCGCGGCUUUUCCCACGGGCAGCACCUGGCACGGCACCGGCGGGUGCACACAGGCGAACGGCCUUUCGCCUGCGCGCAGUGUGGCCGUCGUUUCGGCUCGCGGCCCAAUCUAGUCGCCCAUUCUAGGGCCCACAGUGGCGCCAGGCCUUUCGCUUGUGCGCAGUGCGGUCGCCGCUUCAGCCGCAAGUCUCACCUCGGCCGCCACCAGGCAGUGCACACUGGCAGUCGGCCCCACGCCUGUGCCGUCUGCGCCCGCAGCUUCAGCUCCAAAACCAACCUGGUUCGCCACCAGGCCAUCCACACGGGCUCCCGUCCCUUCUCCUGCUCGCAGUGCGGCAAGAGCUUCAGCCGCAAGACCCACCUGGUGCGGCACCAGCGCAUCCACCGCGAAGGCGCCCACCUGGCCUCCGACGCUGACCUCCCGGCCCCAGCCUGGCCCACUCCCACGGAGGUGGCAGCGCCCCCGCUCUUCUUCUGAGCACCUUCCUUUGCCUCCUGUUGCUCCCUGGUUGGAGAGACCCAGGCCAAGUGGGUGAGAACGGUGACCCCUGGACUCCUGCAGGAUGGCCUGUAGGCCAUUUUCCUACCCUCUCCAUCUUGCUGGGGACAAGUCUGGAAAGGACAACGAACGAGCUUUGACAUUCUAUGGCCAAGACAAUGCUGAGUGAAACCUUGCUGGGAACAGUUCAGGCCUGAGUCCUUGCAAGGCUCCCACCAAGAGAACCCACCAGAGAGCAGAUCUUUUCUGGACCACCCCUGGCCAAGUUAGGAACCUCUACAGGGGGAGGGAGAGAAUGGUUAUCUGUGUACUUACUACAAUGUCAUUAAAAUCUGAAGGUUCUGGGGCUGUUAAA